UUCGAUGAGCCACUUGUCUCCACCACCAGCACGGCUCUCAACACCAUACCACACCACAGAGCCGAGGUGCCAGGGAGCGGUCGAGGUCCACCUUAGCUGUGUCUUAUAUAGCGAAAUUUCAUAAAAAGUAACAAAAUGUGGUGAGGCAAGUGGAGAUGAACAAGAGUGGAGGGGGUGGCAGUGGUGGAGGCAGCAGUGGAGGCGAGGGAUCGGGAGGAGGAGGUGGUGGUGGAAGAGGAAGAGAAGGUGGCGGCACAAACAGUGGUGAUGGCGGUGAAGCGACACACACAGGAGCCAAACGGGAGGCUGUGGCUUGUGACGCAGCUCCCCCUGUGUGUGAGGCGCCCCCCACCACCUCCCAGGGCAGCAACGUGUACCAGGGGCAUGCCAACCACCUGGGGGCCACCGGGGACAAUGUGACCUCUAGCAUCGGCCUGGUGACCUCCUUAGGCUACCUCACAGGGGCCUCUUCCUCCCCAGUGUAAGGCCUGCUUAUCCCCAGGGUGAGGGAGUGGAAGGAGUGGCCACUGUCCCCCCAAACAUGGCCACAUACCCAAUCCCACAAGCUGGAGGUGGAGGAGGAGGUUAUUAUUACUCACCUAUUCUUAACUCACAGCAGUCUCUCUUACGCCCGAUAAUGACAGCACAGCCUCCUCUUUACUCUCCACUGUUAGCACCGCCACCACCUCACCAGCAGCACCCGUCCUACCCCAUGCCUCCACAUGCAUCACCUUCUGCAGGCUCCUCUUACUUUGCCAACCUGAGUGAGAGCAUGCGAGGUGGCCUGGCAGAGGUGGUGUCUGAGGGUGUCACCGGGCGUCAGUGUGGCCCAGCCAUGCCUCACCCUUGCUGGGAGGAGAGCCGUGCCGCUCAUGACCAGCGAACCUUUGAGGAUUACUCAUCCCGCAUGGGGAUGUAUGGCCCAGAGGAUGGGGCUGCAGGACGGGGAUGGGAGGGGAUGGGGCCAUGUGGGGUAGGGGCUUCAUCAACCACCUCAUCCCGGCCCUCUGCUCCACACAACCCCAUGGCCCAUCCCUACACCUACACCUACACAGAUUGCAGGCUGGAGGGGGGCUGGAAUAAGUGCAUGGUGAGCAGUGGGACUACCGGGGAGGGGUUCACUGGGGAUCAGCAGGUGGAGGGGACGCAGGUGAAAGCUCGUGUCCCACCCAGCCACUCCUUGCCAAUGGGGGUGGUGGAUCCUGCCAUGCCACGAUCCCAUUACGAUUACCAACCCCUGCCUGGUGCUCCCUUCCUGCCAUACUUUGCCUCACUCAACUACCAGCAGGAGCCCCGUGGUGAGGUCCGCCCUGCCCAGCGCCCCGAAUCCUUGGACUGUAGUGGUGGUGGCGGUGGUGAUGGCAGCAGAGGCAGUGAUGGUGGUGGUGGUGGUGGUGGUGGUGGGAGUCAACUAUCCCAAACAAGGUCUCUGGAGCACCACCUUCCUGCCGGGGAGAAGGUGCCACCCACUCCACUUCUGGUCCCCAAUCAAACCACACUGACACUACCACACUCAGCUUCCUCUUCCUCCUCCUCCUCCUCUUCAUCCUCUGCUCCUACCUCCUCUUCCACCUCCUGCUCUUCUCAGUCUCUACCACACACCUCCACACAGCACACAGCACUCCCUACAACACAGCACACAGCACUCCCUACAACACAGCACACAGCACAUUCUAACACCACUCAGCAAGCGUCACAUCCCCAUGCUAGUGUGCAGACAACAACCCAUCCCCACAGCACCACACAGCAUAACACAGCACAUGGCCACAGCAGUACACAGGCCACAGCACAUCACACUACAACACAGCGUAAUGGUCAUUCUCACACCUCCACACGUACUGCAGCUCACCCACACAUCUCUGCACAGCAUACAGCACACCCACACACAUCCACUCAGCAUGGAGCACAGCAGGCAACACAGCAAGCAACACAUUCUCAUUCUCACAGCAGUACACAGCCCACAACACACCCACACAGUACCACACAGCAAAAUACACAUUCCCACAUUACCUCACAGCCCACAGCACAUCCUCACAGCACUUCACAGCACACAGGACAUCCCCAUAGCUCCUCACGUCCCACAACACACCCACAUACUACUUCACAGCAUGCAGCACAUCGUCAUGCCACAGAGCAACCCACAGCACAUCUCCACAGCAGCACACAGCAUGCAUCACACCCACACAGCACUUCACAGCACACAGCUCACCCUCACACUACCACACAGCAUUCCACCCAUCCACACACAACAACACAGCACAACACAGCUCACCCUCACACUACCACACAGCAUUCCACCCAUCCACACACUACAACACAGCAUAAUACAGCACACCCACACACCACAACACAGCAUAACGCAACACAUCCUCAUACCACGCAGCACACAGCACACCCACACACCACUACACAGCUGGAAUGCAUCACACAGACCAAGAGUGAACUGAUGGAGGGAAGCUGCCAAAUGAGGUAUAAGAAGAAGGAAUCAGAGAGUAGAAGCAGCUCAUGUCAGGAAAGUGAAGAGGGAGCACAGCAACAGCAACAGCAACAGCAACAACAGGAAGAAGUGGUGUCAUCUCUACCCUGUUCCUCCCACACACUACCACUUUCCAAGGAGGUUGAUGGUUCAACCUAUAAGAAGAAGAGUGCCAGAGAGGACUCAUCUCUCACAGCAGGGGAGGAGGAGGAUGAAGGGGAUGUGUGUUUGGUGUGUGACUCCCCAACCACUGGCGCCUCCACCCCUGACAUCACCAGUACAGUCACCACCACGAACAACGAGGCUGGAGGGUUGACAGCCUGCUCCAUGGAUUCUGUUGUUACUGUUGUGUCCAAGGUCAGUGUUGGGGACAAGCUAAGUGGCCUGCUAGGGGUGGUGCUGCCAAGAAACUUGCUCCACACCACCACCAUCUGCGGCAAGUGCUUCCAUCUGGUCAAUGAGAUGGAUGUGCUGGAGCAUCGCCUCGCCCUCUACAGGAAGUAUCUCAUAACCAAUGUUGAAGGGAACUGUGAGAAAAGAGGGUUUGGUCUGGCAGCGCUACACCGCCUCCAGCAACAGCAGCAGAUGCAGCAGCAACAGCACCAGCAGCCACAACUCCACCACCACCAUCUUUCUCAGUUGCAGCAAUCACAGCAGCAUCAACAGCAGCAACAACAACAACUACAGCAUCUACAGCAACAACAACAACAGCAGCAGCAGCAGCAGCAGCAGCAGCAGCAGCAGCAGCAGCAGCAGCAGCAGCAGCAGCAGCAGCACCAACAGCAACAACAACAGCAGCAACAACAACAGCAACAGCAGCAGCAGCAGCAGCAGCAGCAGCAAGUGGUGGCCCAGUAUCACUCAUCACAACAGCUGUAUCCACAUCCCCACAACCAGGAAGAAUUUAUGCAGCAUCACCAAAAUAUUCAUAAUUACAUGCCAAUGCAGCAGCUGUCACUACACCAGCACCACCAUCAUCACCACCACCAUCACCACCAACAGCAGCAACAGCAACAACAACAACAACAACAACAGCAACAGCAACAACAUACAUUAAUGCAGCAACAACAACAACAAGAGCAGUCACAGCCAUCGCAGCAGCAUCAUAACCACAGCCAGCACCACUACCACCACCACCAACUUCCACAGCACCAGGCACAACCACAUUCCACCACCACCACCUCUGCUGUUGCUGUCUCUGCCACCACCCUGCACCACCUCCAGGAGAAGCCACAACUACCCUCACAGGUCGUCAUACAGCCUGUCACUCUUGAGGCUCAACAGUCACUCAAAUCCAGUCAGAUAGAAACACAAGAGACGCAGAAUUCAGUGAGUCAAGCAGUUCCUCAGUCAGUCAGCCAGCAGGUCGCCACAAAGCCAAGCAGUGACAACAGUAGCAUGGUGUUUGUUGACUGUGAAAUUGAUAUUGAGGACUGCGACAGCAACCUCAUUGCUGAAACUCCACAGGUGGCAGUGAAAGGAAGCUCCAGUGAGUGUGAAAGCCAAGUGUGCCAGGAACCUGAGGAGGAGGAGGAGGAGGAGGAGGAGGAGGAGGAAGAGGAUGAAGAGGAGGAAGUAGAGGAGGAGGAGGAGGAGGAAGAAGAGGAGGAAGAUGAUGAGGAAGAGGAGGAGGAAGAUGAAGAGGAGACCAAGUUGAUUGUGACAACAGUUCAUGAUGAGAAUGUCCCUAAUGUUGCUGCUGAAUCUUUACCUCUGUCAGUGCCUCAAGAGAACAGUGAAGCCCAGCACAGUGUGGAGGAGACUGUCACUCAAACCCAGCCAUGUCCUGAAACGGACGAAAAACCCGAGGAAGGCAAAACACAAAGUACUCAUGACAAUUCUCCUCCAGAAGAUAUACUGGCUAAGGAGCCACCACCAGUAGAGGCUGAAGAGGAGGAGGAGGAGGAGGAGGAAGAGGAAGAGUUUCAUCGUGUGGAGGAAGACGCCACAGAGUACCACAAGCCUACACUUCUUACGAAAAACAUCAAGACUAAGAAACACGCAAAGCUUCAGAUCUGUCGGCAGUGUGACCAGGUCUUCUCAAACAGGCAGGCAUUAGUGAGGCACAUUGAGAGACGUCACAAGGCUUAUGCAUUUCAUUUCAGCUGUGAUACGUGCCGAAAGAAAUUCAGCUCAGAGCGUGCCCUAGCCAGACACGUGCAGCUGCACAAGACUUACCCAUGUAAGCUGUGUGAUAACAUAUUCUUGAGGAAAGCUAAGUUAAAGAAGCAUUUAGAGGAGCAUACACAGGAGAGUCUUGGCUGUAAAGUGUGUGGGAAGGAGUGCUCCUCCCUGCAGGCCCUCAUCUCUCACAUGAAGACUCACGCAGCAGGUGCCAAGAAGACUCACACGUGUCACAUCUGCUCCAAGACCUUUGCCAGCAACAGAAACCUCAAGGUGCACCUCCGCACACACACAGGUGAGCGUCCCUUUGCGUGCGACAACUGUGGCCGCACUUUUGCCCACCGCAGCAACAUGCAGACCCACCGGGACGCCUGCACGGGCCAGUACAGCCACCACUGUCAGAUAUGUGGCCGAGGCUUUGCCCUGGAGUCUGUCUACCGGCGCCACCUGGCAGAACACGAGGGUCACUACGCCCACCGCUGCUCCAUAUGCAAGAAAGGCUUCAGUAAGGCUUCUGGGCUUCAAUCUCAUCUGGUGAUACACAACAGCCAGCGACCAACCUUCCCCUGUCAGGUCUGUGGCCACACUCUUUCCACCGCCUCAGGGCUAAGCGCUCACAUGGCCAGCCAUGCAGGGAAAAGUGGAAAGGCGUGUCGGGUGUGUGGGAAGGUCCUGGCACGUGCGUCAGACCUCCGGGACCACCUGGACCGACAUGCGGGAAACAGGACCCACCAGUGUCAGGUCUGCUCUGAGGCAUUCUUCUACCGGUCAAACCUGAGUCACCACAUGCGGACAGCCCAUCACAUGCGGCGGCCUCAUGUCUGCUCCCUGUGCAACCGCUCCUUCUCCUCUGCCUACAACCACAAGCUGCACCUCCGCACACACAGCGGGGAGCGGCCACACCAGUGCAAGUCCUGUGGGAAGUCCUUUACCACUAAGGCAAAUUACAACCGACAUCUCAAGUGCCACGUGACGCAAGCCAUGACGCCACUCAGUGCCACAGCUGAGUGAGAGGUGGAGUGGUACAGUUUGUAUGACUGUUUAAAGAUUUACCACUACUCAGCCAAUGCCUAAGUGCUCCUUGACCAGUAAAGAGAGUAUAAGAUGGCACCUCCUAACAAAACACUUUGAUUCUGCCAUUUGGGAACUUGCCCAGAGUGGAUACCCUUCCUAACCUCAGACCAUGGCAAGGAUUCAAACAUGUGUGGCUGAGGACCUCUUAAUCCUAAUCAUGUACCACUGCACCAUAAUGGCCCUGUAAUGGCAGUUAUAAGAAGUAUUAUGAGGUCCUGUGCUUGGGGCAGAGGACACAUAGAAAAAUCUUCCUCCAAACAUACAAUGGGAGACUCAUAAGCCGUCCAGCCCUGGUAAUGGAAGAUAAGGACAUUAAAUAAGUUGAAGUGAUGGUGAUUGGGGGUGGAAGUGUGUGCAGUGGCGAAUAUAAGAUGCAAUCUGUGAUAAAGAGUGGUGUCUGCUGUCAAUGUCUCUGGUUUGUAUUCUUAAAUUCUUAUUCUUUCAUCAGGAUUAUUUUCAAAGACCACAGGAAUAAUUAGUCAGGCUGUCAAAGGUGCUUUUUCCAACUGAUAAUGUAGAAUUCUUGUUAAAUUAUUAUUACACAUCUGGAAAUGCCUUUGAAAAUGCCUAAAAUUUCCAGUGAAGCUUGUUGAAAGUAGUCAGAAUAAGGCACCAAAUUGUUUAAAAAUACAAGUCCCUCUAUUAAAUAAGAUCAGAACCUCUAUUGGAAGACUAGGCAGUAAGACUCAAACUAGUCAAAUGUUUUUAUGUGUAUAGAUAUAAAUCAACCUUAGAAUAUUUUUAAAGUACAUCAUUGUAUUUUUUAUUGACUAUAUUUUUUAUGAAUAUAUACAUAUACUUGUU